UGCAUGCAUCAACGAACAGUAUUGUAUUUCAACUGGUGGUCUUUAUAGAGUGAGAGCUUCGCGCAAACGAGCGUUCGAGACGACGAGCACGAUUUCGCCUGGUUGCGCGGGAAAUUGGCGAACCUCACGUCGCCCAACAUGUUCGACUCCGGCGUGCGGAAAUUGUUUGGCGGCAACGAAGGACUCGUCAGCGAACGGAUGCGCUACAAGGCCACCGGGUAUUUCAUCAUCCAUCCCUAUUCCCCGUUCCGGCUGGUGUGGGACACGUGGAUGGUCCUGGUGCUGCUCGCCACCUUGCUCGUGGUGCCCGUCCAAGUCUCGUUCACCCACGUGGGGUUUCACAAGGACUGGAUGCCGUUGUGCAUCUUCGGGGAUUUUUGCAGGGGAUGCGACGUUUUCCUCACUUUCCUCACGGGACACGUUGGCUCGUCUUGGAAAGAUGUGGUGUUGGAUCCAGAUCAAGUUUUCAAGGAUUACCUGACCAGUUGGUUUCUUCGCGACCUGACCAGUUGUAUUCCUUGGGAUUUCCUGUUCAUAAUUGCCAACCAGAAUCGUUUGAACUUCUUUUCACGGGCUGAGGCACAGAUCCGAGCAGUGCAUGUGGUGAGAAGUCUGUCCUUGGUGCGGUCCAUGUCCUACUGA